AUUCGAUCGGUGACGCUCUGGGCCUGCUGCCUAGUGUAGCUCAUCGCUUACAUCCUUCGUUAUCACCAUCACCGUUUGCAGAAUGGAUCCCGCCAGUGCCGCGCUUUGUGAAGGCCUUGGUCCCAUGGAGCCUAGCACAUAUGCCGCCCUACUGAAAUCCAAGUCCCUUCCCAACCUUCCUCACGAGUUACUCCUUUCGAUAAGCGACCUGCUAGUGCGAUUCCGUUAUAUCAAUGCCUUGGCCCAAACGAACAAACGACUGUACUGGCAUCUCAACAACUACUUAUACUCCCUUGACGUGCACGUAACAGGAGGUUCGGCAUUGAUAUGGGCUGCACAACGUGGAUUGAGGCGAACGGCUUGGCUAUCACUCGCUGAAGGCGCAGAUAUUGAAGCAUCAAACGUGGUGACGAUACCACGUCAGCUUGGAUGUUUAAGCUUCGAUUCUAUGUCGACUUGCCUGACACCACUUCAAACUGCUCUAUGCUACGGAUCCGAUUCUGUCGCAAGGUUUCUAAUCAAUCACGGCGCUAUCUCUUCGUCGUCCUAUCCUCCUGAAUUGUGCAGCUGCACAAAUCUCCACAUGGCGGCCGCAAUGGGACUUACAUCUGCUCUAAAAAUCUUAAUCGAUCAGGGCAUGGAUGUUGGAGCUCGCGACGGGCGGCUUCAAACACCAUUACACUACACCGCUACAGUCCAACACCGGAACUCGCUAGACCAAGCACGGGUGGUGAUGUUGCUCUUGUUAAACAAUGCAGAUCCUAUAACAGAAGAUUCACAGGGAACGCGCCCGGUUUCUAUCGGGAAAAAGCGCUCUAACCCAGUCGUCAAAAUGCUAUCGGAGAAAGGUGCGGCAGUCAAGGCAUAUGAGAUUUCGUUGCAAGAUCGAGAGCUGUUCGGAAUGUGGCGCAUGUCGAAGGAAAGACGUGAAGAGGCAGCGUGGCUAGAGGAAAAGAAAGAAAAGCAACUUGCUAUCGAACGUGCGAAACGAGAGCGAGACCAGGACAAUAAGAAGAAAAGAGUUGCGGCAGAACAGAGAAGAGCCAUAGCGAAAUCUCGGGAGCGAGAAGAGAUGACAAGAAGAAAAGGAGCUCAGAAAGUAAUCCAGACAUAUGCAAAGGAAAGGGCCGACCAAACUGCCGCUGCGCAGAAAGUAGUCAAAGAGGAGGCAAGAAUUGAGAAGGCUCGGUCAGAGAGACAAGGUGCUGUAAAGGAGGCUUGGUCUAGGAUGAGAAAGGAAGCUGACCAGAGAGGUCGAGUGACGACUAAACCAGAUCUGCUAACAAAGGCUGACUGCAACCAUCCUUCAGGUCUGUGGAAGUGUAGGGUGCGCAAAACCUGUCAAUCUUGCGAGAUAUCUGCGAAAUGGCUGUCCUUGUGCACAGAUUGCGGAUUCGUAAUAUGUAUGCGGUGUAAUUUAGGAAAGGCAUAGGCAUGAACUUAUCUCUUUGUACUCGUCCACAUUAUAGUUCGAAUCCGCAGCGCUUCCAUACCCUAAUU